GACGAAGAACAAACUUAAAAUGCUCGUAAAGCAACUCCAGAGAGUUCAAAUCCCAGCCAGGACAUCAGUUAGAUCUCUGGCUACACACUUAAAUCCCCAUCCAUUCACCCCCAACGGUCCAGACAACAGCCAUAAAUCCUACAAAGACGGAGACGUACGUCACGAUUGGAACAGGAAUGAGAUCCAGUCGAUAUACCAGCAACCACUAUUAGAGUUGGUUUACAGAGCAGCAAGUGUACACCGUCAACAUCAUGAACCAGGUAGAGUUCAACUCUGCACCCUCAUGAAUAUCAAGACAGGCGGUUGUUCAGAGGAUUGCAGCUACUGCUCACAGAGUAGCAGAUAUAGCACCCAGACAGAAGCCGGCAAAUUGCUCGCCUUAGAUCCUGUCAUACAGGAAGCAAAACGCGCGAAAGAGGCUGGCUCAACCCGCUUUUGUAUGGGUGCAGCAUGGAGGGAUGUCGGUGGACGCAAACGUGGUUUCGACAGAAUCUUGGCCAUGGUUAGAGAGAUUAAGGGUAUGGGGAUGGAAGUCUGUACCACACUUGGUAUGCUUUCAUCUGAACAAGCAAUAGCUUUGAAAGAUGCAGGUCUGACCGCCUACAACCACAAUUUGGAUACCUCAAGGGAAUACUAUCCAGAGGUCAUCACCACACGCUCAUAUGAAGAUAGAUUGAGCACUAUUGCAAAUGUCAGAGAUGCAGGAAUCAGUGUCUGUUCAGGUGGUAUUCUCGGAUUAGGUGAACAACAAGAGGAUAGAGUAGGUCUUAUCUGGGAACUCUCGAGGUUGCCAGAACAUCCAGAAUCCUUCCCAGUCAAUGCCUUGGUUCCAAUCAAGGGUACACCAUUGGAGAACAACGUCCCAGUAGCAAUCGAAGAAGUCGUUAGAACGAUCGCUACCGCAAGAAUCGUUAUGCCAAAGUCAAUCGUUAGAAUAGCUGCAGGUAGAAAGAUGUUUACCGAUGCAGAGCAAGCAAUGUGCUUCAUGUCAGGUGCCAAUGCCAUCUUCUCCGGAUAUAUGCUUACAACAGACGGUGUUGAAAAGGACCAAGACGCCGAAUUGUUCGAAAAGUGGGGUCUUCAACCAAUGAAACCAUAUGAAAAUGUUCAAGAGACAUACGAAAACAAAAUCCAAGCUGCUCCUUCUCCACUCCAGCAGCAACCACAAUCACAAGCAUAAGCUUUCUCCAUUCGUAACAUCAUUAAAGUUGAUUGUAUUACAUAACUCUAUACGAAAAUCUUCGGAAUGUAUACUUUUUUUU